GUUGUAAUUUCAGCGACUCCAUCAUUACCCUUUCUAGCUCUACCAGCACGUACACAGCUUCAGGUAGCAGAACUCAAUUCUUAACUUAUUUAUAAGUAGUAGCGAACAACCUGUAAAUCUCGACUCUUCCCCAUAAUGAAGCCAUAUACAUACCGACCGCUUCUGCCCGCCAAGCACAGUAUCCGGCUUGUACAGAUCCUCCCGGGACUUCCUGGGACCGAGAUUCGUUGCCGAAUUAUCGACUACACCAUCCGCGAUGACCGUGUCUCGGGACUCUUCGAGGCACUUUCUUAUGUUUGGGGAGAAACCACGGAUCCAAAGAGAAUCUCUGUUGCGGACGUGGCCAGCACCAUAACACAGGACACUGUGGACGGCUACCUUGCCAUUACGUCCAAUCUGCACGAUGCUCUCCAAGAACUCAGAGAUCCAGCGUUGCCGAGGACUUUGUGGAUCGACGCGGUGUGCAUCAAUCAGGACGACCUCGAGGAACGUGCAAGCCAGGUCAACUUCAUGGCGAAGAUUUACUCUCAUGCCGGCCAGGUGGUGGUCUGGCUUGGUCUCGCACAGGGUAAUUAUGAGACGGGGGAGCUAUUCGCCGCCAUCGAGAACGCGGCUGACGUGCUUCUCGAACCACCCGCUGUUACGAAGUCCGGUGGUAGUGAUCGAGAUGAGUGGCGCGUUUCUGCUGAAAGGCCUCGUGACCCAAAUGAGCACGUUGCAACAGACGAGUUUUUGAACACAGCGCUCGACAGCCUGCUUCGCCUUCCGUGGUUUUCGAGGGUUUGGGUGCUGCAAGAGGCCGCUACUGCACGAGCCUUGGUCGUGAAAUGCGGCGCUUUCGAAAUGCCAGGCCCGAUUUUCACAAACGGUGUGCAGUAUCUCCUGAAGAUUGACCGGCGCCCUAGCAAAGAGGGUCGGGUACUGAGUGCAUCUGUCCUUGAGAUGAUGACUCGGAACAUGUCUGCGCUGGGGCGACCCUUCAGCACACAUUUGCUCAACGACGUUGGAUGGGGGCAAAUCGGCCAUGCUCGUCCCCUGAGUGAUCUUAUCGAGCGGUUCUAUCUUCAUGGAGCCACCGACCAACGCGAUACGAUCUUUGCUUUGCUCAACUUAUGCAGUCCUGAAUCACGCGGUUCCAUGCAGCCAGACUACACACUGGCGUGGACUGAUAUCUGGGCUGCUACUAUCAGGCAGAUCUUGGGAUCUGAAACGAUCGUUACAUGUCCCACGCAAAAGCAGGCUUGCAUGACACUAAACGGCUACGUGUUGGGUAGUAUUUCACUAUCGGACGGAACUUUCUCGACAUCAUCGGGUUCCUGGAGAGCGUUUGGAUGGAAAGCGACUUGGGCCAUCCAGUCCUGGUGUAAAAGCAUUCAGGACGGCGAUAUCGUGUUUCUCGCAGCUGGUGCUGCGGCUCCGAGCGUGAUACGGGCUUGCGACGAUCACUUCGAUGUCAUCUUCAUAAGCCUACCGCCACCUGUCGCCGCUUGGGGUCAGUUCUUGGGGGGCUCAGGGUUUGGUUGGCAAGAUCUGCUUCCGUGUCUAAGGCAUGGUUGCAGAAGAGCCAACCUGGUAUGGGACUGGAGUCCACAUUACCCCAGUUCCUGCAUCGGUCAUGUUCUGCUACUUGAUAACGCUCGUGUAGCAACAAACGCACACCCCGAUGAGUUUGCCCGUAUGGAAGAUUUUAUCAACAUAAUGGCCAGCGUACCAGACUCACUACGAGACAUGUUCCCUGAUGCGAGGCCGACCACCUUUGCCCAUAUCCAACAACAGUCUGAGAAGCCUGGGUUCCCUUCCUAUCUUGCGACCAAAGUAGAGAUACUUAGGAUGUUCUCAGCAAUCCGCGGAUUUCGCUUGUACAAAUGGGUAUUGGAAUUAUUCCAGGAUCUGCGUUAUAUGCGCUGGAUGAUGACCCAUCAAACCGGGUCUCAAACGUCUGACGAGGUGAUCCUCGACUACUUCAGAAGCGAGGGCUACCCGUACCACACCAUGUUCGACCUGAUGCCCAUCAUUGGACUGAAAGCACACCUGCACAAGGGUGGCACGACGACCAAUUUGCGCUUCAGUGACGCCUCAAACACAGACCUCGAAACGUACUUCUCAGCGCUACUCAACACCAAUCUUGCCGAUUACUUCGUCGUGGGAGAGGAUCUGUACUAUCACCUGCAACCCCGUAUGGUGGAGCACGGGUCGAUCUUGCAGUCUGGCAUCACACAAUACAUGAGCAAAGCUGUCAUCCGUCACAGCGGUACCGCUCCAACUGACAUCGGUACUUCCGCUGCAUCGCUACUCACACGGCCUUCUAUUCAAUAUGAUGGUUCCGAAGACAUGACGACUGUCAAUUUGAGAGCGUACGCCUUGAUAUCGGCGUGUCGAGGCAGAGCACCGACUUUGCCAUAUUCCGAGCUGCAAACGAGCAUCCGAAACCCGCGUACACUAUACUUCUGCGCUCGUUUGUUCUCCGACCGACUCGCCGACACGCAAACAGCGUACGAUAUCUUGUCUUCAAUACUCAGUCUGGAAGCGGACGCCCCGCCCUUGUCUCUACUGCAGCGAAUCAUUCACUGCCAAAACGCACGCAGCUUUGAACAGUACACUGAUCUCAGAUCCUCUCAGGUUGGGUAUCAUUGGUGCACUCGAGAUGGGAUUUCUGCUGAGUUGCUAUCAAACAGCCAAGACCAUCGCGCGGAAAGCUACCAACUUCUGGUCAACUUGAUCGUUCUGUGGAACCUGAAGUCUCUGCUGGUGUACAUGGAAUCGACCGAGAUGCUGCAGAUUGCGGCUACGACCGUAGACGAUAACGUCCUGCCGUUUCUGAAGACCUUGCUGGAAUUAGAUCCCAGCUUGGAUGUUCCCCUGCAGCAAUAUGGAGAGCUUCUGCUGGCUCAACUUCCUUUCUGUAUGGAACUCCCGAACUUGCCGGAAGAAGAAGAGUGCUUCUUGGAUGGGGAUGGCGACUUAGAGCAAGGCGCUGAGGAUUGACUGAUAACUCUUAGUCUAGAUCUAUCCAAGAAAGAUAGAUCCUGACAAGGUGCAUAACUUCAAAACACUAUUAACG